UGUCCCCUCGGUGUCCCCUCGGUGUCCUGGUCCUGCGGUGGCACCGAGGUGACCCCGAGUGUCCCCCAGGUUCCCACGGUGUCCCCCGAGUGUCCCCCUGCCCCGUGUGCCCAACCCCCCCCCAGCUGUGCUGCCACCCCUGGGUGACACAGGUGACACUGAGGUGACCCCGAGGUGACCCCCGGUGUCCCCAGGGCCCCACGAUGGCCACCAGCCGCUCGGAGGACGAGGAGUCCCUGGCGGGGCCCAAGCGGGGCCCGGCCACCCCCGUGGGGACUGUCCCCAAACGGCGGAGCUCGUCCAGGUCCAUCAAGCGGCGCCGUUUCGAUGACGAGCUGGUCGAGAGCAGCCCCCAGUGCCCCCCACCGGCGCUGCCCAAGAGGCUGAAGAAGGGCAAGGGCAGCCCCGCCCCCCGCGACCUGGGCAGGUGGAAACCGGCCGAUGACCUGCUGCUCAUCAACGCCGUGCUGCAGUGUGUCACCUGUGUCACCUCACUGCUGACCCGUGUGCCAUCGAGCCCCGUCCCCUCCCUGGACACGUUCCAGGAGCUGCUCCAGCGCCACCCGGCCGUGUUUUACCCUGCCAGGACCCCCAAGGCCCUGCAGCUGCACUGGCAGCUCCUGCGCCAGUACCACCUGCUGCAGGACCAGCCCGUGCAGCCCCUCCCCAAGGGGGAUCAGGUGCUGAACUUCUCCGACGCCGAGGAGCUGCUGGACGACGGCAAGCUCAGCGCGGUGUCGGUGUGUCUGUCCGUCUGUCCGGCAGAGCUGACGGUGGCUGACCGGCGGCAGAAGCGCGAGAUCCGGCAGCUGGAGCAGGAGCUGCACCGCUGGCAGGUGCUGGUGGACUCCAUCACAGGGAUGAGCUCCCCGGAUUUUGACAGUCAGACUCUGGCGGUGCUGCGGGGCCGGAUGGUUCGGUACCUGAUGCGCUCGCGUGAGGUGAGACCCCCAAAACACCCCAAAAACACCUCAAAAACACCCAAAACACCCCAAAAACACCCAAAACACCCCCAAAAACAAGGGGUGAUCAAGCUGAAGAACAACGGAGAUUUCUUCAUCGCCAACGAGGGCCGGCGGCCGAUUUACAUCGACGGGCGCCCGGUGCUGGGGGGCAACAAAUGGAAACUCAACAACAACUCCGUGGUCGAGAUCGCCAGCCUGCGCUUCGUGUUCCUCAUCAACCACGAGCUGAUCGCGCUGAUCCGCAGCGAGGCCGCGCGGCUCGGCCAGGGACACGGACAGGGACAGGGACAGGGACACGGACAGGGACACCAGUGACACCAG